AAUGUAGCUAUAAAAUAAAAAUCGAAGCGCGAUUUUGAAACAUAAUUGCAAAAUAAUCAAAGUAAUAACUAGGAAGUUAGUAAUUGGACAUCGAGCAAUGUCCAGAAGAGGACUAACAAUUAAGAAAAAUUGUUUGCAUUAGAUAAACAAGUAAUGUUACAUGAAUAUUUUUAUUAUGUCGACGGUAAGGCUCCUUUUGUUCGGACUGGUGUUAUCUUUGAGGAGAGUAUCGUCGGAAUCGCAUUUGGCAAAAUGUUGUCCGCCAGGAGAAGUCUUAGCACGAAAUUCCACCGUAGAGUGCGUUUUGGUACCAAGCAAUGCGACGGAGCUUUACGUUUACUAUUUAAACAUUACCACGAUAUUUCAAGGAAUUCCUCAGUGCGACGAAUCCCAGAAUCUCGUGAUAACAUCGCUCGAUAAUCUCACUUCCAACAAGUUUUUGGAGGUGCCAGCUUGCUUCGAUAUACUUCAUGAACAAACAAUUGGAAAAAGCACCGUAGUAGUCGUUCAUUGUCGAUCGAUCAAAGAUCCACAGCUGAAAACGAGUAACGCAUCUUUUCCGCAACUCAUAUAUUUCAGAAAAUGUUGCCCUUACGAUACCAUAUACGACAGCCGCACGAAAACUUGCGUCUCCCAAUUAAACGCAUCAGAGGACUUAACAUUUUUGAUAAAUGAAAUUGAUCCAGUUCCUAUAAUGAUAACUACCAAAGGUCCACCCACGUGCAAAGGACCGAUCGUCGAUUAUAAAAUUGAUAAAAAUGAUGUCAUUUUGUGGGACAAUACAAAUAUGAUAAUCAAGGUGAUGGUUCCAGCGCUUAACAAUACUAUUAUCAAAGAGAAACUCUUGCUUACCGAGGAUAUAGCUUGUCUCGAGAUGAUGCCAUAUUCCAUCUCUAAUCGAACAUUGGCAGUGCGAGUUUGCAGAGAUUUAGGAUUUUGCGAUCAAAAUGCUUGCAUCAGAAAAUGCUGCCCAGAAAAUGAAUUGCUUUAUGACUGGAAAUGCAAUAAAACUGUCAUAUCCGACGAAUGGAUAGACUUUUACCAGGCUUUCACGAAUGUCGUGAAUCAAACGAAAUUGUCCACUUUUGACACAACCAAAGAUUACGGUGUCCUGAUUGGAAAUCCGUGCAAGAACGGCAAAGAUAUCGGUUCCGUAUUUUCCGUAUUUUCAGAGGAAGAAUGGUCGCUGACAUCAAAAGGAUAUACUUUUCUUGGUAAUGAUGUUACAGGUCAGAACAUCUAUGAUCAGGACAAUUACUGUAUGGACUUCCAUUACAACAUGACAUUUGAUAACUUUGUGGUGUUUACAUGCUAUUCGAGUAAUUAUUUAAUAAAGAGCCAUUAUGUAAGCGUCACACUGCAAAUCAUCAGGUAUAUUUUCCUGCUGAUGACUCUAUUGAUAUACGCAUGUCUGCCAAGUUUAAAAAAUCUUCAUGGUAAAACGCUCAUAUGUCACAUAAGUAGCCUCCUCCUGGCUUUCUCCUGUGCACUCAUCGACAAUUUGAGCCUAAACUAUAUGUCGAUACAAUCGAUUAAUUUGCAAAUUAAAAUAAUGUUGAAAGUUACAGGGUUUACUCUACUUUUUGCUUCGCUAUCGGCAUUUACCUGGCAGAAUGUCAUGUGUUUCGACAUUUGGUGGACAUUUGGAGCUUUACGCGGGAAUACUGUUGCUAAAGCACACGAGCGUAGAAAAAGAUUCCUGUUAUACUGUUUAUAUGCAUGGGGUGUUCCCCUUCUGUUGACAAUCCUAUCUAUCAUAGCUGACUUCACGAAUAUCCUGCCAUAUUAUUUAUUUCCCGAGAUUGGCAUUUACAGCUGGUUUUCACUGGAUAAGGAAUCAUUAACCGGAAUAAUUUUCUAUGUCAUACCCGUAAUGAUUUUGCUGAUAUCCAACGUAAGAUUCUUUAUUCUUACGUCACGUUAUUGCAAUAAGGUGAAAGCAAAAAUAAAAAAAAUGACUGUAGACCCUGCGGAUCUCAGACGAUUCUAUUCUAACAAGGAGAAAUUUCUCAUGAACAUCAAGCUAUUCAUCGUUAUGGGAGUAUGUUGGAAUAGCGAAAUGGUGACAUUUUUUCUAUUAAAAAAUUUAAAAAAAAAUACUGGAUCAAUAUAAUCCUUAUAAAUGAUACCCUCAAUUGCCUCCAAGGUGUAUUUAUUUUCAUUUUUUUCGUCCUGAAGAGGAGCAUUUACCAAGCGCUUCGUAGUCGAUUGGGCUUGGAUACCAAGAAAAAAAUCGAUUCUGAAUGUAACAUUACCACAACUUUGUAGGAUCCUUAUAAUGCCAAAAAAAAAA